UGACAGUUGCGCUGCCAUGUUGUCGGCCAUGUUUUCUUUAACGCGUUUCCGCUGUCUACCAUUCAUUGCAUUCAUUACAGUUUCGUCAGUCGAGCAAAUCAGUCGCAUUUAACAAAAAUAUUCCGCGUCAUCCGAAGUGAUCUCUCUCCGCCGAAAUAAAAUCGAAAUUUUUUUGCGCAUCCUAUUGGACUAAAAAGCAGCAUCAACAAACAACCGCACUACAAAAAUGGCAGAUAAAAUUGAAAUGAGCUUGGACGAGAUAAUAAAAUCAAGUAAAAUUGGUUUCCGUGGUGGUCGUGGCGGCGGACAAAGAAAUAAUCGUGGUCGAGGUGGAUUUGGAGGCGGUAAUCGACGGCCGAUGAAUGGUGGCGUAGUGAAAGGUCGCAGUCGUGGUGGCCCUCCACCGAAGCAAAGAUUCUCCCGGGGCGAUGUGAACAAGACAUGGACACACGACAUGUUCGAAGGUGGAAAGAAAAUUGUUCGUGCGGCUGCUGCUGGUGGUGGUAGUCCCGGUGCAACGAAAUUGCUCGUUUCGAAUCUGGACUAUGGCGUCUCCGAAUCGGAUAUCCACGAACUAUUCGCCGACUUUGGUCCGCUGAAAAAUGCUUCCGUACAUUACGACAGAUCCGGUCGUUCGUUGGGAACGGCCGAUGUGGUCUUCGAACGGAGAUCAGAUGCAGUGAAAGCCAUGAAACAGUACAACGGCGUCCCACUUGAUGGCCGACCGAUGAACAUUCAACUCGCCACCUCCGAAUUACCUGCACAAACACCGAACCGGAGUAGAAAUGUUGGCCGACCGUUGGCGCCGACAAUGCGACCCAGACGAGGUGCUCCAGGUAGCCGACCGACCGGUCGUGGUGGCAACCGAACGAAUGGCAAAGCAACAUCCAAAUCGGCCGAAGAACUGGAUGCCGAACUAGACGCAUAUGUGAACGAUAUGAAAUUGUAAAUCAAAUUUGGUUGUUUUUGAGGAGAGUUUAACGAACGCAAAACAAAAUCGAAUUACCAGACGAACAACCAUAUUUAGCUGCUGGUAUUGAAAUGUAAAACAAUUAAAGUAAAAGAUAGAUGAAGAAAAAGGAGAAAAUUUAUUUUUUGAAGUUUGAAGAGUGUAAUGAACUAUAAUUAACAAAAAAUUUGAUUUGUGAACUGAAAACGAAGAGAAAGUGCGCGGAGGCGAUUUGUGUUAGGCAAUUAAUUUAUGAAUUACAGUUUUUUUUGAAAUGUAUAAUCCGACCGGACAUCCAAGUAAAAUCCAAUUUUAUACAAAUAGAGAGAGAGCGAGAGAGAGAUAAUGGGACGCAUUUUGAAAUUAUGUUAAAAUUUACUGAAAUUAGAUGAGAAUUUUCCUCGUAUAUGGGACGUCAGAGAAAAGU